AGAAUUUUCUCAAGAAAUGAAUAAAUUUCUAUGGUUGGGAAAUCUGAAUAAGCAUCUCGGGUACGGGGGCAAGAAGGAGGCAUCUCUGCUGAGGCCAAGUGAGAGGAUAUGGUUGAAUGGAGCUCGGCAAAGGGUGCAGAAAUCCGACAAGAGAUUGCCACUUCCCAAGCCGAGGAGAAGCAAGAAGUUCUAUGGAUAUAGCAUUGUGCUGGGAAGUCUCUUCAGCACCGUUUUGUGGGCCAUCUACGAACUGGGUAAGCCGGAGGUGGAUCACAGAGGACCCAUUGAGGACGAGUUCAGCCACCUGCCCUGGUUCCGUCAGUACUUGAUGAGGAUGUGGCACUCGCUGCAGUACUACCAGAAAAUGAUGGAGGAACCGCAGAUGGUGAAGUUGCUGCCGGACGUUCUGCCUCCUCCCUAUAUACAGCCUCCCUACUCGCUGGUCCUGGAGAUCAAAGAUGUGCUGGUUCAUCCCGACUGGACUUAUCAGACAGGGUGGCGGUUUAAGAAGCGUCCUGGCGUGGAUUACUUCCUUCAGCAGUGCAGUCGAAACUUUGAGAUCGUCAUCUACACCGCAGAACAGGGAAUGACCGCUUUUCCCCUCCUGGAUGCCCUGGAUCCCUAUGGAUACAUCAGUUAUCGUCUGGUAAGAGGAGCAACUGACCUGGUGGAGGGGCAGCAUACCAAAAAUCUGGACUACCUUAAUCGGGAUCUUAGUCGUGUGAUCGUGGUGGACUGCGACCCGAAUACCACGCCCCUGCAUCCCGAUAACAGCUUGGUGAUGACGAAGUGGCUUGGCAACGAUGACGACGUUCAGCUCUUCGACCUCACAGCCUUUCUCCAGUUGGUGGCCGAGCACCAGGUGAGCGAUGUGAGGGAAGUGCUGCGAUACUACCGCCAGUUCGAGGAUCCCAUCGAGCAGUUCAAGGACAACCAGCGGCGACUCCAGGAGCAGAACCAGGAGAAUGUUAGGGUUUCCGCCAACGGGGAACGGCAGUGGAACCUCACUCUAAUGGGGCGAUCCUUUCGGAGUUCAUAGUUCUGUGCUUUAAGGACAAAAUUACAUAAAUUAUUUCACUUUUGUUGAGUAAAAUUCCACUUCUACUAAAUAAAUAG